UAAGGGUGCCAAAAAAGGAUCGGUAUUGAUCUUGAGGUUCACCUAAAUCUAUAUUAAAUCUUUUUGUCAUUUAUUAGCAUAGAAGUCAGAAGUUUUCUUGCCCACUCAAGGCCACCCUGCAAGUAAUACUGUAACUACCUAAGCAGGCCGUCAAAAGCCAAGACUUCGUCUUUGUUCGUCCCUUGUUCCUGGUCCUUCUCCGUAUGUACAACGUUCCACAUCCUGUCCCUUGCUCCUUUUGGGAUCUGCCAACCUUUGGUCAUCAUCAUCAGCUGCACUGCCUGACUGACUGACUGCACGCACACUUCAAGGAUGCACUACCUGCUCUGAUACCCGACCUUUACUCGACCGUACGCAACCGUUCCGUGAAGCGGUCAACAGUAAGCUUUAUAUGCAGGCUGUUACCUCGUUGAUUGGAACUACUUGGUUACUCGGGGCUACCGAAUGUUGUGUGUCCAGCGGCACUCUUCUCCAAAGCAACCUACUGACGGCUGGGAAUCGGACAUUUUUGACACACCAAUGCCGGGCUCUAGAAUUAGCCCUACCACGAUCGAAUAAUAUUGGAUUCAUAUUACUACGCAUAUAAUAUUGAAUGACCCAUUACUGAAGCCUGACAAAAGCCCAACGCAAUACGACAUUACCAAGUACCUACCUACCUAUCUAAUAACAGUCAACGAUGCACCCAGCUGCAUAGCAUAACACGAUACAACACAACAACAACACCGCCUGCAGAGGCGAGAGGGCAUUCAUUUCAAGACUACGAGACUUUCCCUCUUCUUCCCAUCUUCAAAAUACAGACCGACCUGCCUCUUCUCCCUCUCCCUUUCCUUUUUUUGCCCUUAUAUUAUAUUUCUAUCUCGUCCUCUGUUACUCCCGACAGCUUGGCUUCUGCCCCAUGCUUUCCAGCGACAUUGGAGUGCCCCUGACCUAGCUACACAACAGUGCCAGCUAGCACUCCCACCACCACUAGAAUUGUUGACGCGCCCACCUCUUCCUCAUCGGCCACCAAUCGUCAAACCCCCGUUCCAUAUUGCCCUUUGAGUAUAUCUGUUUCUCCGGCUCGAGGUCCUGCCUUCACAGGCUGGUCUUGCUCAAUUAUCCGACUGUGACCCGCAACAAGAUCGGAUUGAGGGAUAGAGGCACAACAGACCGAUCCCCCCCCCCCGGCCCGCUGUUUGAACCCCCUCCCGUUUCGCCCACCGUGGGAGUGGGAGUUUGCGAAGCAGGGCCCGCGUUUGUGUCUACGUUUGCGACAGCGAUUGUGAGACUGCGCCGUGAGCAGACAGGAUUCAGAAUGGGUCGUAAGGCGGCACCGCAGCCGCUGGAGCUUUCGUCUCAGAGUUCGCCUCAGGCCCAAACCCAAGCACACGCCCAGUUUGAAUCUGGCGCUGUUUUACGCAGUAGAGACGAUUCGCCGACUACUGAAACCGUUUCUCCAGGUGUGUCGCCGGUCGAGUCCAAAUCACCCCGGUCUCCCCGCUCCUCUCCUUUCCACAGUCGGUUUUCACCCUUGAGAAACCAAGGUGGAAAGCACAGGAAAGUGUCACACACAACAUCUGCAUUAGCAGACGCAACUGUAGAGGGGAAGCCAUCAUCAUCAACACCACCACCACAACCAUCAGCACCGGUGCCAAUACCUGUACAACGACCCUCAACUGCCACAACAUCUACCGAAUGGAGUAGGGAAGAAUCUGUAUCAAGACAGCCUUUACGGCAGACGCGCGAGGAUCCCUCGACCUAUCCUUCCAUCUCGUCUACUCUUGAAGAACACCAGCCCGAUCUACCAGCAACAACUGCAGUACAGCCAGCGUCAGACAAUAUAAAAAAAGGUGCCAAAAACGGGUUCUUCCAUUUCAAUAAACAACCCAAGUCUUCGAACCAGCCUCAACCGCAUGCCCACCACCGAAAACAAACCGAGACAAGAGCUCAGGUAUUGUCGAGGGGCAGUGACGGAUCCAAUCGACCAAGACACGGAGACAAACACGAUCCAAGCCCAAGUGCCUCAUACACCGAAGAUACUCUACACAAACCCGUUUCCGCCGAUCCUCUUCGAAGCGACUUGUCUUUAUCAUCCGCUGGCGACUACGAUACUGCUUCACCUCAGUCUUUAACAAAGAAAGGCAGGUCGAAGCCUUUUGGUCUGCUGAACCGCAGCCGAUCCAAUCGCGACAAAGAAGACGCCAGCCCCGAGCUCAACCCGGCCUCUUCUCCUCGUCAGGGUAACGAACCUGAACUGCACCUCAAUUCUGUGCCGUACAAGACUGCGAACCAAGGUAGUGAUCGUUCUAUCAGGGACAUGAUGAAUUCUGCAGUCCGAAAUCGAUCUGAGGACCGCGCGCCAAGAGAUUCGUCUUCUACCAGGAGGGCACAACGCGACAAGGAAUCAAAGACUCAACCGUCCUCUCUGAACGAGAACGGAGGCUCUUUUUUCAAUGGCCUCAAGAGCUCUGGUACCCGUGCCGCUGGCAUGCUGAGUGACCGUUUUUUCAACAAGAGUGGGCGUGGAGGUCGAGAGGACAAGGAUGCUCUCGACGAUGAACACUAUCAAAUAAAAGUUAUCAACUUACCACUAGUUGAACAAACACGAUUGACGAGAAUAUCGAAGCGCCUCGAGGAUUCAAGGGACAAGACGGAGUUCUGGAUGCCUGCCUUUCCUUGGCGAGCAAUAGAUUAUCUAAACUACAAGGGAUGCGAAGUUGAGGGUCUUUAUCGUGUUCCAGGUAGUGGGCCUCAGAUCAAGAAAUGGCAGCGUAAGUUCGAUGAACAAUACGACGUCAACCUGUUCAACGAGCGCGACCUUUACGACAUCAACAUAAUUGGUUCGAUGCUAAAGGCUUGGCUACGAGAACUUCCCGAUGAGCUGUUCCCCAAAGCGGCACAGGAUCGAAUCGCAAGAGAAUGCGCAGGCGCUGAGGAAGUUCCUGAGCUACUUAUCGAAGAGCUCUCGAAUCUCUCCCCCUUCAACUAUUAUCUGCUUUUUGCCAUCACAUGCCACCUCAGUCUUCUCUUAGCCCACUCGGACAAAAACAAGAUGGACUUUAGGAACCUGUGCAUCUGCUUCCAGCCGUGUAUGAAGAUCGACGCGUUCUGCUUUAAGUUCUUGGUGUGCGACUGGCGCGACUGCUGGAGAGGAUGCAAGAACGAGGCCAAGUAUAUCGAGGAGGAAUACAUGAUCUUCGACCAGCCUCCACCAAGGGGUCUCGCUGAACCAGCGAAGCCAAGACCACAAGAUGAGUCGGAGGACGACCGACAACAACUCUCCUCUUCAGGGAGCAGCAAGCAGUCAGGCCGCCUCAGCCCCAGCGACCAGAAAUCAAAGCUGAAGAAGAAGCAGCUCCAGAUAUCCCCCUCCAACGGAAGCUUCGUUUCGAACGAAUCGACGGCCCCAACCGCCUUGACCAUCAAUAGCGACCGCGAGUUAGGCAGGACCUCGAGCGAACUGCGGCCCUUGUCACCUAUCAUGCCUCUAUCUCCCCUCGGCUUCUAAAAUCAGGGACAUCCUGACGACACGCUGCAUUCCACAAGCAUAUUCACGCCCGGCUACCCAUGGAGGUGGUUAAAAAGAUAGCCGAGGCAGAAAGACCAUACCUCGAAGAAAUAGAGGUCUUGAGGCCGAGAUGAGGAUGCACUAAGUGCUUAAUCUAUCUCGGCACCUCUCUGCGACUCUACCUCAACUGAGGGUAAAUGUCUUAAGUUUCAACCACGGCGUCUGCCACGAUGAAGUCCGCGACUCCAUCCUUCGGCGAUAGCCAAUUCAUGAUGGCACGCCCUUAUGACCUUGUCAUUCGAUUUGAUUGCGCAUUUUUGGUUGUUUCUAACACCUGGCGUUUCUGGACAGUUGUCCAGCAGUUUGGCACGGUUUGGCAAUGUGCAAUCGAGUAAAACAUUCAAGGAAUGCUUUAAAUUUGGCUCACCUAUCCACGACACCAAGCGAGUGAUGUUCUUGACCUGCACUUUGUCUUUUAUCUGUUGUUUGGUAUACCCCAUGAUGCAUUUUGAGGAGAAUAUCGUCCGGGGUGUCUUGUACCCUGCGUUAGUGGGGAAUCUUGUUUGAAGUUCCAGCGUUUCUGAUUCUGAUGAUUUAUCGACAAACAUGCUGCGGCUUUGCCCAAGCUGAUUAUGUAGCUCGCUCUCGAGCACUCUGGUGAGGCAAGCUGCCCUGGUAAGAAUUGUGUUUGGCUAUCAUGUUGCAGUGAAAUGAAGACACGCCAAGCUAGAGAGGAGCAUGGAGAUUACCAAAAUAUGGAGUAUAUCUGUUUCUGAUGACUAGAAAUCGCCGAGAGCGGAGGGUUGUUGGGUAGCAGAGUUGAAAUUGGCAGACACUACCUAAUAGAUAGUGCCUGGAAUUUAGUGAAUAUACUCCGCCAGAAAUCGCUUAUCUAUUAAAUGCAUAAUCUUCAUCAAGAUCAACUAUCAGGUUGGGGGAGAACCGUUGGUAGUUGUAUUUCGUUGUUACGCAUAGCCGGGACAUGGAAUCCAAGCCAGACAACAAGGAGGGUGACAGCUGCAG